AUGUCUGACUUUCAAAAGGAAAAGGUUGAAGAACAAGAACAACAACAACAAAUCAUCAAGAUUAGAAUCACUUUGACUUCUACCAAGGUUAAGCAAUUGGAAAAUGUCUCUUCUAACAUUGUCAAGAACGCUGACCAACACAACUUGGUCAAGAAGGGUCCAGUCAGAUUACCAACCAAGGUCUUGAAGAUCUCCACCAGAAAGACUCCAAACGGUGAAGGUUCUAAGACUUGGGAAACCUACGAAAUGAGAAUCCACAAGAGAUACAUUGACUUGGAAGCUCCAGUUCAAAUUGUUAAGAGAAUCACUCAAAUCACCAUUGAACCUGGUGUGGAUGUCGAAGUUGUUGUCGCUUCUAACUAA